AUGACUGUUGAAGUGAAGUCUGGUGAAGAGGACGAAGAGAUCCUGUUCAAGGAGCGGACCAAGUUGUACCGUUGGGAUCGAGACUUGCAACAGUGGAAAGAGCGAGGAGUCGGUGCCAUCAAAAUCCUCUUCCACCCUGUGAAGAAGUUCUACCGUGUGAUCAUGAGACGAGAGCAGGUGCUGAAGGUGUGCGCCAACCACACCAUCAUAGAAGGCAUCAAGCUGAAACCCAUGAACACAUCUGCCAACGCUUUGGUUUGGACUGCUACAGACUAUGCAGAGGGUGACGGCAAAGUUGAGCAACUUGCUGCCAAGUUCAAAACUCCAGAACUGGCGGAGUCUUUCAAAAAGACGUUCACUGAGUGUCAGAAUCGUAUGAGCAAGACGGAUGACUCAACAUCUCAACUCUCCAGAGUUAUGGAGCACUCAAAUGAGGGUAAUCCCAUCGUGUACUUCAGCUUGGCUGCUGACGACGAGCCAAUUGGGAAGAUUACCAUAGAGUUGUUCGCCCACAUAGUACCAAAAACGGCAGAAAACUUCAGGGCCCUUUGCACUGGGGAGAAAGGAUUUGGGUUCCGUAACUCUAUUUUCCACAGAGUCAUCCCAGACUUCAUAUGCCAGGGUGGUGAUAUUACUAAUCAGGAUGGCAGUGGAGGGAAAUCCAUUUACGGGGGAAAGUUCGAAGAUGAGAACUUCGAUGUCAGGCACACGGGGCCGGGCAUCUUAUCCAUGGCAAACCGCGGGAGAGACACCAACAACUCCCAGUUUUUUAUCACCUUGAAUAAAGCCGAGCACUUGGACUUCAAUCAUGUAGCAUUUGGAUUCGUGAAAGAUGGAAUGGACACUGUGAAACUGAUGGGAGAGCUCGGCUCCAAAACGGGGAAGCCCAGUAAAAAGAUUGUCAUUGCUGAUUGUGGACAAUUAUAA